UGGCCCCCAUUUCAGAGUGAUGAUCUAGACCUGGAUGUAGUCAGUGCCCGCUCCCAGCUAGUGGAGUUACUCAGCCACCACUCCGACUGGCUGCUCACGACCUCCCAGCGCUUCCUCCCAGGAGCGGCCCUGAAUGGCCUGGAUGGGAUUACCGACCACAAAGAAAAAGUCUCAGUGCUCCUUGACCUGCUGGAGGAGGCUGGCCCUGCCACCUGGGAACAGUUUGUACAGUGCCUGUGCAUGGAGUGCGACCUCCCCCUGGAUCUGGAGAUACAGGUCAUGAGUUCUGCAAGAGAAGGGUUUGCUCGAUGUCACCAUCACAGCAGCUCUAUGAGUGAGAAGGAUGUGAAACAGCAGCAGCUCGAUGCACUUGAAAAGUACCGGCUUCUCCUCAUGGAUUCUGUCUGCCAGAGAUACGGAAGCCGGAGAGCAGAGAGAGCAGCGCAGGAACAAACACAGCCACUGGCUCUCAACCAAACUUUUGUCAACCUUGACAUUUGGCACAGCAAGACCUCCCACUUAAAAAAGAGAACAGAGAAAUCCCGAGAGGAUGUGGCAGGUGCUCCUAAGCCAGAAGAAUAUGCGGAUACAGCCAUGAAAGUGUCAGAUCUGUUUUGUAGUGUGGUCCCAUCAGGCGCAAUGAAGGUUGUCUUUUUGUUCGGUAAACCAGGUACAAGCAAGACCAUGCUAAUGCACAGCAUUUGUCAGAAAUGGGUUGAAGGUGACCUACCUCAGUUUCUCUUCACUUUCCUGUUUGAGUUUCGGCAGCUGAAUUUAUUAAAAAGAAAAUUGACUCUGAAGGAACUUUUGUUUGACCUGUUCUUUCAGACAGAAGACAGCCCUGAUGCAAUAUUCCAGUACCUCCUGGAAAAUACCUGCGAUACACUGAUCAUCUUUGAUGGGCUGGAUGAGUUUGCCGCUAACAUGGACGCGUCAGGCUCUUCUGAGGGAAGGCCAACCCUUACCUCCUGUAUGUCCAUAUCUGAGUUCUUUGCAGACCUCUGUCAUGGGAAGCUCCUGUGUGGACGCACAGUGUUGGUCACCAGCUGACCUACGAGGCUACCUGACUUCUUAGUAAACACAAUAAAUCUGCUAGCAGAAACUUGGGGAUUUGACCAUAAGAAGGUUAAAGAAUAUGCCAGCCACUGUUUUCGUCAACAUUCAUUCAAAGAACAAGCCAUUGCUCACCUGAAGAACAACACUAAGCUCCUCAGCGUGUGCCACAUCCCUGCUCUGUGUUACGUUGUGUGCAACUGUUUGGAGUAUUUGCUCCUUAAACAUCAGACGAGCCUGGAGCUUCCUGAGACUAUGACACAGUUUUAUAUCAAAAUGCUUCUCAUCUUCAUAAAUAAACAGCAGGGAGAGCGUGAAGGUGGUGAGGAGGCUCAGCUGCACUGCAACAGGAAGGCCAUUUUGGGUCUCUGUGAUGUUGCACUGAAAGGCCUGGAAGAAAAGAAGCUUAUGUUUUAUGGAAGAGAAAUUCCAGGGCACGUGAAGGAAUUUGCUUCCUUACAUGGAUUGCUGACUGCCUUUGAGGUGAAGAUGAGUGGCACUUGCCCAGAGGUUGGCUAUGCCUUUGUGCACUCGAGUUUGCAGGAGUUUUUUGCGGCAUUGUUUCUCAAAAGUAAGAGGGUGGACAAGAACUGCCUGAGGAAGAAGUUCUUUUUGAAGUCAAAGUGGACUUUAAAGAGCAAGGCAAAGACUGAGAUAAUGGAGAGUUUUCACAUCUUCCUCUCAGGCCUGUCGUCAAAAGAAUGUGGGACAUUUCUCGUGCUGCUAGCUGAACAAGAUGAAGCUUGGGUGCAGGGUAAGCAGGAUGUAAUCCUGCAAUCUCUCAAGAAACUGGCAGCCACUCAUCUGACAGGGCUUGAGCUCUGCCAUUGCACUUUUGAAACGCAAGACCUCAAAGUAGCCCAGCACAUCGGGGGCCUGCUGAAUUUCAAGUACGAGUUCAAAAACUUUAGACUGACACCCCUGGACAUGUCGGCUUUGCUUUUUGUCAUGAACUUGGGCCAGGGUUUGACUCAUUUGGAUUUUGCAGGACGUCUCAUGGACGUUGGCUGCUUGGAAGUUCUGGCCAGCUGUAAAAAUGUAGAUCACUUGAGCUUUCGUAGUAGGAGGUAUGGUGAUGACUUUGCUGCUGCUCUUUCAAAGAGCGUAUGAGGAAUGGGAAGCCUGAAGACACUAGAGUUGACAAGUGGGAGCAUCACAGCUAAGAGGAUCAUUGACUUGGUCCAGGCUUCAUCACAGUGCCCUCAGCUUGAGGAAAUAAACUUGCAGGACAAUCGGAUACAGGAUCUGGAGGUGAAGAGGAUGAUGGACCUGUUUUCCAGAAUGGAAAAGCUGAAGAAAAUAGAUUUGAGCAACAACGACCUUUCCUUGGAUGCUAUUCUCACUUUGUCAAAAGAAGUCAUUGCGUGUCAGAACGCUACGGUUGUCAGGAAGGACAUUGUGAUUAUAUAUUUUUCUGGGCCAUCUGGGAAAGUUCCAAGAUCUUUGGAUUUGAGGUGGGAAGAGAAUAAGGAACAUGAAAUUCCAACUAGACAAGUGAAGUUGUGUUUGCAGGACUGCAGCCUGCCUUCCCAACAUGCAAAGGAGAUUGUUGCCAUUCUGCAGAGCUGUCCCUGUCUCUCUGAAGUGGAUUUGUCAGGUAACAAGCUUGGAGAUGAAGGCUGUAGUUGUCUGCUGGAAAGCCUGCCUUGGAUGUCAAUUUCAAAGCAGCUGGAUCUCAGUCAAAACCGCCUCUCUGUUAAUGGCAUUUGCAGUCUAUUGAAGUUAGUAAGUACCUACCAGAAGAUAAUGGAUGUACAAGUCAGCCUUUGUCAUGAGACUGCAGUCCUGAGGUUUACAGGAGACAGAGAGUUUGCUUCCCUUUCUACUAGGGAAGAGCCUGUGUGCUUCACUGAUGACCAACAAUACGGAGAGGAAAACCAGACUCCUACUGCCCCACGGAAAAUAAGGCUGACAGACAGUCAUUUUCAAGCCAGUGACCUGGAGAAGCUGUGUGCAGUCCUGAAGGAAUGUAGCAGCAUCUCUGAGCUGGACCUAUCAAAUAAUUAUCUGGGAGAUGCGGGACUGCUGCAGCUGUUUCAGUUCCUCCCGAAUUUGAAAAGGUUAAGUUCUCUCAAGCUUAAUGGCAACCACAUCUCCCUGAACUCUGUGUUUUUCUUAGCUCAGUCUUUAUUUACAUUGGAAGACAUUAAAAUAAUGAACCUCAGCUUAGGACACAGGCAGGUGGUUCAUCUAGCCUUUUGGGACAGAAACAGGGUCACAAGUACCAGCAGAUGGAGAAGCGAUUUCCUCAUGCAUCCCAAGCAUGAAGCAGAAGGACGGUGCUUUUGUCUCAGGGACUGCAGAAUGGGUCCAGAGGAUGUGACCAGGCUGUGCCAGACACUAGCUCAAUGUCCCCAGCUGACACAAAUUGAUCUGUCUGGAAAUUCAUUGAGUGACCAGAGCAUUGAGAGAUUACUGAGCUUCCUGCCAUACCUCUGUCAUCUGAAACUACUGAGUAUUAGGAAUAACACAUUUUCACCAUGUUGCACUGUCCUACUCAUCAACUCCAUCAACCUGUGUGAGCGGAUCAGAAUGGUAGAAGUCCGGUCAAGUGAAAAUGCUUUUUUGCAUCUAGGAGCAACCAUGCGAAGCCAAAAGACAUCCUGCAGGGUGACGGACUGUGCCAUUGGUCAAGGGCAGAUAGAUGAGCUCUGCAGAGUCCUGGAGCAGCAUGACGGGCUGGCAGAAGUGGAUUUCUCCAGGAAUCAGCUGGGACAUGAAGGCCUGAGGUGCCUCUUGGACCACUUGCAUCAAGUGCCUUUUACCUGUUCCCUCAAUCUCAGCCAUAAUGGGAUUUCUCAGGAUGGAGUUCUGUAUCUCAUGAAUGCCUUUGCCACAUCUGGAAAUACCACUGAAGUUCAAGCCAGUUUGUGCUCCAAAGCAACUUUAAUCAUCAAGUUGACAAGCAGAGAUGACCCAAGAAAGAUUUUGAGACUCACAGAGUGUAAAUUUCAACCAGAACACUUGGAAAAGUUGUGCUUGCUCCUGAAAAAAUGCACUGGUCUGACAGAGUACAUAUCCUCAAAUAACAAUGUGACGGUCCAGGCUGCAGAAAGACUUUUGCAUUCACUGAGAAAAAAUCUGGGUCCUCUGAAAAUCAGCAUAGAAGAGCAUUGGGUAUGUAAAGAAAGUGUCAUGAACUUUAUUGACCUGGCUGUCCAGACCUGUGGAAACAUUACUGAGAUCAUCUUGAACCAUAACAGUAUUGGUAAUGAUGGCUGCUCCAGACUCACAGAAGCAUUGAGGAAUAUGCAUUACAUGGAGAAAAUCAACUUAAGCCACAACGAGAUUGGAAAUCCAGGCCUGAUAAAUCUAGCUGCUGUCCUGCUGGAAAUGCAAAACUUUAAGAGAAUCAACCUUUCAGGGAACAGCCCUAGUCCUGCUGGAGGGGAGAAGAUGAUGGAAGCUCCCGCCUAUUGCAAAUGCAUGGAGGAGUUACUACUAUCUCGGAAUGUUUUUGGAGGUAGGGCAGCUGUGAAACUUGCCCGCUGUCUGCCUCACAUGACCAACCUGAAGGUUCUGCACUUGCAGAACAAUAACACUGGGGCAGCAGGAGGGAUGGAGCUGGCCAGAGCUCUGGUGGUGUGUGGGCUGCUGGAAGAGAUCAGUUUAUCAGAAAAUGACCUUGGGGAAGGAAGUAUCUAUGCCCUGUCCAAGGGGCUGCCAUACUUUGAACACCUCCGGAAGAUUGACUUGAAACUCUGUGGAAUCACUGAUGAUGCUUCAAAAUCACUUUCUCACGGCUUCCGACAAUGCCCUUCCAUAGAGGAGAUAAUACUCUCGUGGAAUGCCCUUGGAGACGGAGGAGCGCAAGAGUUGGCCAGUGUUCUCCCAGGGAUGGAAAAGCUGAAGCUGUUAGAUCUGGAGAAAAAUCGCAUUGGUACCUGUGGGGCCACAAAGCUGGCAGAGGAACUUGUCAAGUGCCCAGAAAUUCAAUUCGUAAGGCUGUGGGACAAUCUAGUGCCCAGAGGCGUUGCUGAGAAUUUGGCAAGCCAAGACCCAAGACUGUGUUUCUCCUUCUACUAGCAAAGAAAAGCCUUUGCCUGACUGGGAAUUGAUCUUCACACCCCCCGCCCUCAAAUAUUGCACUGAAGAACCAAGGAGAUCGAAGUUCCUACAUUUAAAAACUGUAACUAUUAGGUCUUCCUCUGCUGCAUUGAAUCAAGUGUGAACACUUUGUGGUGUUUUGAUUUUUGUGAGCUUUUAUUGUACAGAAAAGCAAAAGACUGUGAAGAGUUGCUGCUGAGCAGGCAGUGUUCUUGG